AGUGUUCGAAUGUUCUUCUUUGCCUUUCGUUCUUGGUGCACCUGAGAUGGUGCCCAGGGCCUCCUGAAUGCUCGGUAAGUGCUCUACCACUAAGCCGUACCCUUGAACAGCUUGGGUCGCCCUUGCUUAGCUUCCCACGAUGCAGAGGGAUGGUGAGAGGACUGAGGUCUGGAGCAGGGACCCAGAAACCAAAGUGCAUAGGAGGGGCUGAGCGGCCAAGACCAGCGGUAAACGCAAGGAGGAACUGGGGGUGCAGACUCCCGGUUCAGCUGUCUCGGCCCCCAAGAAUCGCCAUGGGAAGUGCUGGACGUGAGCAUCUCAUGCCCCAGCCUCGAUACCUGCAGAUCCUCCCACCAUGGGGAACACCCUAGUCCAGCCCCUCAAUCCUGGGCAUCCUCUGCAUCCCUGUUCAGGAAGCCCCUCCUCCCCAGGUCAUCCUCCACCGGGACCAGGCCGUGCAGACCCCCAUGACACUGGGCUUGGCUGUUGGAGCGGUGGGGAAUCAAGAAGUCUUGACCCCAGCUUCUCCCGAACAGCUUCCUCCUCGGGAGUCCCGCGUAAUCUGGACCAAGCGGUGACGGCCCCUGGCUGCUUCAGGGCUGGGGGCGUGGCUAGUCUAGCCGCUCUGCAGACCGGUUUGAAGAGGAGACAUGGACGGUGGUUAUUCCUCAGUCACCCCGGACUCCCAACCCUCGAAGGUUUUCAGCUCCAGAGGUCUGCUGGACGGACAUGGUGGCCAGUCUCCUACCACCGAGAGCCAGGGGUCCCUGGACAGCUACACCUUCGCCAGAAGGUCCACGGGACCCUCUGACAGGGACCCCUCGGUGGAUCCCAGGGAAGAAGAUGAGGAAUCUGAGGGCCCUCUGAGGGAGCAGGACCUGAAGGGGGCCUCCAUCCAGCUUGUCCGAGGGGUGCAGGAAUGGCAGGAUGGCUGCGUCUACCAAGGGGAAUUUGGGCUCAACAUGAAGCUUGGAUAUGGCGAGUUCUCCUGGCCCACAGGUGAGGCCUACUGCGGGCAGUUUUACCGGGAUCAUUGCCACGGUGUGGGUACCUACACAUGGCCCGAUGGCUCCAAUUUCACGGGCAUAUUUUACCUCAGCCAACGAGAAGGCUAUGGCACCAUGUACAUGAAGGAAAAACUAUUCCAGGGAUUGUAUAAAGCAGACCAACGGUUCGGGCCGGGCAUUGAGACUUACUCUGAUGGCAGUCAGGAUGUCGGGCUAUGGUUCCGUGAGCACCUGCUUAAGCUGGGGACGGAGGCUCCCAAAAGCUUCUCCCUGCUGAACUACCCAGAGUUCUCAGCCUUCCUCACGGACUCUCGGGAGAGAAUCAGCCUCUCAGAUGAGGAGAAGGUGGAAUGGGGCCCACCUGAGGAGCAGGACCCCUUCUCCUAUGAUUAUAAGAAGUUUCUCCUGAACGAUGACCUAACACUGCCUCCGGAGAUGCACAUUUACUCGACUAACAACAGCCACCUCCCCAUGACAGGCUCCCUGCGCAAAGAGCUGGAUGCCCGCAUCUUCAUGAAUGAGAUCCCCCCAUUCAUUGAGGAUGGAGAACCCUGGUUCAUAACAAAUGAGACUCCUCUGUUGAUCAAAAUCCAGAAGCAAACUUAUAAGUUCAGGAACAAAAGGGCUCACACCAGAUGGAACAUACCAGCCAUUCUGGAGGGGAACCGAAGCAGCUUUGGGCCCAGUGGCCCCAAGGAGCAGCUUUCCAAGGAGAUGAUCCUGAAGGCUGAGGAAGGAGACUACGACUGUGUUUAUGGAAUCCUGAGGGACAACCUUGCCUAUGCUGACGUGGCUGACUCAAAGGGCUACACGGUGCUUGCUGCAGCUGCUGUGCAUUCUCACCAUGACAUUGUCAACCUCCUCCUGGAUUUUGGGGCUGACGUGAACAAGUGCUCUGACGAGGGCCUUACACCGCUCAUCAUGUGCUUCCUUAAUUACUACCCCAGCAAAUCCUUCCAACCCAAUGUUGCUGAGAGGACCAUACCCCAGGAACCUCCCAAAUUCCCAGUCACCUCCAAAAUUUCAUUGUCUGGGGAGCCAGUCAUGGACCAUCUCUUUGGGGUGACUAUUCCUAUGCCAGGCAGUGAGGGGCAUAUGUUGCCGAUGUGCUACCCAAGCAGCCUGGGUGAUGGCCUAGCCCCAAGCACUGUGAAGUCCCGGGAGUCUGCCAUUGGGAGGAGCACCUCUCACAGGCAGGACAUCUCAGGAAAGGGUGCCAGUAGCAAUCCUGAGAAAGAGUCGGAGAACGUGGCAGAAAAUCUGGAUGCCAGCACCCUGUACAGCAUGGAGACAAACUUUGAGUCCACCAUGUGUUUGCACAACUACUCCAUCCAUAUCUCCAAGGACAUCUUGGAGAAGAGUGCCCAAGCCUACAGCUCACUGAAAGCCUCCUCUGCAGACAAAGGGACCAUGCGGAAAAUGGCACAGUCUAUGGCUGAACGCAGAAACCGCUGGUUGACCAUCAAGUUGCUGCUGCGUCGUGGUGCUGACCCCAACCUGUGCAGCGUGCCCAUGCAGGCCCUGUUCUUUGCUGUGAAGGCUGGGGAUGUGGAUGGGGUGAGGCUGUUGUUGGACAGCGGGGCCCGAACUGACAUCCAGUAUCCACCACAGCUGCGGUCCCUAACCCCGCUUCACAUUGCAGCCUCCCUUCCCGGGGAGGAGGGCGUCAGGAUCACAGAGCUGCUCCUUCACGCAGUCACCGAUGUGGACGCCAGGGCAGCCGACCAGGAUGAUGUGUACAAAGCUGGCAAGAUUGACCUGCCGCCUUCUAGCCUGAAGCUCAACAAUGAGCCGGGCCCACCCAGCAGCUACUAUACCAAGUACAUAUACCUCCCCGAGGAGGGUGGAAGGACGGCUCUGCAUGUGGCCUGUGAACGAGAGGAUAACAAGAAGUGUGCCAGGGACGUAGUCCAGCUCCUUCUCUCCCACAGAGCAAAUCCCAACAUGCUGUGGAGCGGUCACUCCCCACUCUCUCUGUCCAUUGCCAGUGGGAAUGACCUGGUUGUGAAGGAGCUCCUGGCCCAGGGAGCUGACCCCAACUUGCCCCUGACCAAAGGCUUGGGCACGGCCCUGUGUGUUGUCUGUGACCUGGCCUACGAGCAACAGAGAAGCACUGACAACAAGAUUGCCCUGAUUGACCGGCUUAUUAACUAUGGGGCGGACAUCCUGAAGCCCGUGAUACUGGUGCAGGGUGAAAAGAUGGCAGUGGGCACAGCUGUGGACUAUGGUUACUUCAGAUUCUACCAGGACCGGAAGAUUGCCCACUGCCCCUUCCAUGCACUGAUGCCAGCAGAGCGGGAGACGUUCAUGGCUCGGAAGAGGCUGCUGGAAUACAUGGGUGUGCAGCUGCGGCGUGCCGUCCUCAGCAAGGAGAGUCAGUUGGACAUGAAGAUGCUGUACCUGAGCAAGAGAGCGGAGCUGUCCCCCAGCCACAGAAUGAAGAAGAGCUCCAGCCUGUCCAGGGCCUCUGCUACAGAUAAGAAAUUUCAUCUUACCUUUUUCAAGUUCUGCUACCAGUGUGGCCGCUCCAUUGGGGUCCGCCUCACACCCUGCCCCCGCUGCUACGGGAUCCUGACCUGCGGCAAGUACUGCAAGAUGAGGGCCUGGGCUGACUUCCACAAGAAGGACUGCUACGACUUGAUGGCCAUAAGUAGGUUGGGUGUCAUGUCGGGAUGGGCAGUGCCCCGCUUGGAAGACUUGUCUUGGAGGACGGCAGAAUCUCAGUGACGGAGUAUUGCUUGAUGCUCGGCCUGGGGAAGGGCGCAGGUCUGCACCGGGUUUCACUUGUCGUCAGGGCCACCUCAGCUGCUGGCCUCUGCAGUGGCUUUACAUAGAAAGUGUUGGCAUUCCUGCAGCUUUGUCAGAACAGGCUCUUCCUCCUAACCUGCAAUAAAAU